AUGCAACGACGGGGAUUCUUUUUUAAAAGCGAAAAAAAUGACAUCAUAAAAAACGAAAUUGAGGAAAUCCUAAAAACGGAUAAGGACCCCCUGAUGGAGAGGGGGUGGACCAAAAACGUGAAAGAGAGGGACUACUCGGGGGGAAGUGAACAGAAGGAACCACCAAGGGAGAGCAACCAAAAGGGGUAUAAGAAUAAAAGGGGGAAAUUUAAAAGGCUGUUCAUUUUUAUAGCCUUCCAGAGCAUCCCCAUCGUGGGCCUUAUGUACCUGUUUAAGUACAUAGAGAGCGUCAAACUGGAGGAGCUGAACGUCACAUUCGAGUCUUCAGAUGAAAUAAUUGAAGAGGCCCUCAAGCUGAUCAGGGGGAAUUCGAAAUGCUUCUGUGUGUACUCGGAGGGUGGCGAAAUUAAAACCUUUUUCGUGGACCCCUUGGGGCCGGAGGACUCCGAGGUGAACUACGAGCGGGGGGGGGAGGACACGCCAAUCUCGGCAGACGUGGUGAACGAACCAAUCUCAGAAGACGCGCUCAAGGCAGAAUUAGCCUCCGGGGGGACCGCCCCAAAUGGGGAGCGGCAAAAUGGGGAGUGGCCCAAUGGAGAGCUGCCCAAUGGGGAGCGGCCCACCCACCGCCAUUCAAACACAACGGACGACUUGACCAAAAUAUUUUUAUCCCUAAACAAACCGCUGAUGCAGCGAAUGAUGAAGGUGAAGUCCCCAGCGGAGUUGCCCCUGAAUUACGUCUACUUCUGCAUCUGCAAAAACACGGAGAUUUACGAUUUCCUAAAACGUAGGAACGAGUUGGUGAGUCUGCUGUACUCGGAUGACACGAAGAAUGUGUAUGUAACGUUGACGGGGUCCGCUUCUAUUAUUAAAAAUGAGGUUAUUAGGAAAGUAAUUUGGACGGACCGAUGGUCCUACCUCAUUUCGGACAAUCUGCAAGACAAUUAUGUGUUAAUCAAGUUUACGCCCUCUACGGUGUCCCUCAAAACCAUUGGCUUUAAGAAUCAGCACUGGAAGAGUAACAUCGUGCGCCGCUCCAUGGCGGAUGACAAGAUGGCUUGGGUGAAGGCCUAG